AUGUCGCACCUCCUCGACGUCCACUUCUGGCUCAUGUCCAACCGCGACCGCGACCAGAUGAUCAUGUGCGACAACUGCCGUCUCGCCUCCGCCGCCGCAUGCUUUGACAUGUACGACCUCACCGAGAUCACGGACUACGAGUACGGCCAGUUCUGCCACUCUUUCGGGCUGAACUCGAUCCAGAGGCUUCACCAAGUCGCCUACAUGGGCUGGAUCCGCUCCCGCCAGGAGGUUGCCCAGCGCGAGGCCGCCGCGUCUGCUUGGGCGGCUCGUGACACCUCCGAGCCCGAGGGCUAUGGGUCGGACGGCGGCUACAGCGACAACUGGCACUAA